AUGGUGGCGAGCGCCUCGCCAUCAGUCAUCAACAGAGUUGAUAUCCUGAGAGAUGUCAUGUCGAGCAUCUUAGUCCCGGGCACCAAACUGCCCAAGCGGCGCAUCGGUAGACUCGCCAUGACCGUUAUGGAGUUGGAUUUUGCAGACGUCGAUGCCGAUACGCAGGCUCUGGCGGAUCUUCGUGACGGCCUCGCGCGAAUCGUCAGGUCUUUGGCAUCGGAGCAGCUUCGUGAUCUGGACAAGAGCGUUCUGGGUCUGUCGGCAGAAGUUUCUGGUUGCCUGAGACGGCCGUUGAUCAGCACCCCAAGCCUAGGAUCUUUUAGAACAUUGAAUAACCGUAGCCUGAAAACGGCACCACGCAUUCAUGGCAGUUAG